AUGGACCGCCUUUCCCUCGAAGAGAAAUCACGGCCACGGCCGACUCCAACACUGUUAAUUAUCCACAAAUUCGACCGACUAAUUAUCUUGGUACUUCUCGGUAAUACGAAUAAAGCUGGCGAAAGUUCACAGCGAAUGGAUGGUGAAUAUAGCACAGCGAAUUGUGCAGAAAGUAAAAGUAAUGUUAGCAAAUGGCUUGGAAAAAAAUUAAGGAUUGAAAUGAGCGAUGGUCGUAUUGUCGAAGGGGAGUUUAUGUGCACGGACAGCGUUCCAAAUAUCAUUUUAAGCGGUACCAAAGAGCGUUGGAAAGGUGAGAGUGAAAUUCGCACUAUCGGCUUAACGAUGAUCAGUGGGAGACAUAUCUGUUCGAUUCACUUGUUGACGGAAUACGAUGAUAAUCAGGUGGAUUCAGUUGAUACAGAUCCAUCUUCCGAUACAGAUCCUCAUUGUUUAGAAACAGUUCGUUUAUUGUGA